GCAAGUAAUUACUGAAUAUAUUAAGUAUUUAUCUUUACUGCCGUAUUAGUAAAGAAUAUUAUUGUUACUUUUACAAAAUUAUUCAGAACGAAUUCUAAAAAAAAAUUGUAAAAUAAUGUACAGAUUCGUUUCAUCCUGAUUCAAAAUAGAGCUGGAAAAACGAGAUUAGCAAAAUGGUACAUGAAUUUUGAUGAUGACGAGAAACAAAAGCUAAUAGAGGAGGUACACGCAGUAGUAACUGUACGAGAUGCUAAACAUACUAAUUUUGUCGAGUUUCGUAAUUUCAAGAUUGUAUAUAGAAGAUAUGCUGGCUUAUACUUUUGUAUUUGUGUCGAUGUCAACGAUAAUAAUCUCUGUUACCUAGAAGCAAUACAUAAUUUUGUUGAAGUACUAAACGAAUAUUUCCACAAUGUGUGUGAGUUGGACCUUGUAUUUAAUUUUUAUAAGGUGUAUACAGUUGUAGAUGAAAUGUUUCUAGCAGGUGAAAUAAGGGAAACUAGUCAAACAAAAGUACUGAAACAGCUCCUGAUGUUAAAUUCAUUGGAAUAAAUUUAUUUAAUGUUAUUUAAUUCUAUUGAAGAUAUUAUAAAAGAUGUAAAAAGUGAAAUACAUUGUGUACAACAAA